GUAAACAGUCAAAAAAAAAAAAGGAGAAAUAAAAAUAAUACUUUCAGUAAAAUAAUUCCGUCACAUCCUAAGUCCUACAACAGUCCACAAAUGUAUUUUAAGUGUAAAAAAGGACAAGUUACAGCAUGCAAAUAUUUAUUGUUUCAGUUUUUAUUGCACUUCUGCUAUUUUAAAGACCUGUGGAAACCGUCUUCCUCUUCCACCCAGCAACACUGCUGUCAUCGUAUCUAACUGGCUCCUCAACACCGUGUUAUUCAUGAGGUUUUAAGCUGCUGCUCAAAUACAAGCCUGCUGUCUGUGACUGGAGAUGACUUUGUCUGUGAUUUUACUGGUUAUAUCCACCGGAGCCGUUUGUACAUCUGCAACAAAGCCAUCCCACGACUUCCAUUUCAUCUACGGAUGCUACGAAUCCAACGAUGUGAGGGUGGACAUUGUCGUUGACGACGACGUGGCGGCUUACGCCGAUUUCACCAAGGAAGAGAUCGAGUGGGCGAUGCCUCACACGCCUGACUACCUGAAACACUUCCAGAAAAAGCAGGCUCUUGAGAUCGCCAAAGCCAGCAUCGCGCACUGUCACAGUGUUUUGGGUAAAGCCAAAAAAGCUGAUCCCAAAACUCCCCUACGCCAAGAUGCUCCAGACACCUUCAUCUACACUCGGUAUAAGGGGGAGGACGGGGGGGUCAACGCUCUCUUCUGUUUGGCCAAUCACUUCUACCCUCCCACCAUCAACUUCACGUGGACCAAGAACGGGGCCGAGGUCACGGACGGGGUGUUGAACCUGCGUUACCGACACAACGGCGACGGCACGUUCCACAGAAUCUCCAUGCUGAGCAUCACUCCUCGGGAGGGAGAGCUUUACUCCUGCAGAGUGGAGCACCAAGCCUUAAAGCAUCCUCUCACCAGGAGCUGGGAGCUGGAGGAAAAUAAGCGGAUCAGUCUCCACCCUGCAGCUGUUUUCUUCUAUGCCAGUCUAAUUUUGUGUCUGAUGGGAAUUGGGGCUGGAGUCUUCUUUUACUACAAGCGGCCUAAUUAAUAGCUUUUGGUUUUGACAUUUCAGCGACAAAAACAUAUAUUUUUUAAAAACCUUCUGCUGCUGUUUUAAAGGAUUCUUUAAUCCUUAAAGGGUCUGUGCUUCUCCUUGACUGGAGGCCAAAUCAUCAAUGACAUUACGAAUGUUAUAUAUAAUAUAUUUAAAAAUAUAUAUAAACACUCUUAGCUUGUCUUCUUAAUUGUCCGGAGCCAUCAUGUCAGUGUUUGAAUUCAGUAAAAGAUU